AUGGCAGCUGCUGAACAAACGAACAAUGAUCUUAGGGAGGAGGUUAGUAGCCUCAAAGAAGGUAUGGAAAAGAUAACUGCAAUGAUGAUGGACAUGAUGGCCGCACAGGCACAAGCCUCUCAAGCAAAAAUUGUUCAGACUGUUCAGGGAGAUGUUGAAGUCUCUCAGCCUGCUGGUUCUACUGCAACUAUUGGUACUACACAGCCUUUGGUGAAUCAGUUUUCCUCUGGUGAUAUGACAAAUAUGUAUAGUUCAGGGUUUCGUCCUACUGGCUCACUUGGUUUUUCUAUCCCUCCUCAGUAUCAUAUGCCGCCAGGCUAUCCGUGGGGCAUGCCACUCGCAAAUAAUGAAGGUGUUCGUCAUAAUGCACCAGAAAUGCAGCUUCCUUUUGGACAUCAACAAACACCGUUUUAUCAGUCCGGCCAGCCUUUUCCUCAGGCCACUAUGACCUAUGCUGGACCCCUUGUUCAUGCUGCUCAUCAAGAAGAAGAACAGGUUUAUCACUCCAAUAGUGUGGCUGGUGAUGAUAGGGUGGGAAACUUGGAAGAAAGGUUUGAGGCGGUGCACAAAGAGUUAAAGACUAUCCGCGGUAAAGAAAUGUUCAGUCAGAAUGUGAAUGACCUCUGCUUGGUUCCAGAUGUGGUGAUACCUCAUAAGUUUAAAAUGCCGAUCUUUGAAAAGUACACAGGGGAUACUUGCCCUGAGAUGCACUUAGUCACAUAUGUCAGGAAGAUGGUAGCUCACAAGAAUAAUGAGCCUCUGCUUAUUCACUGUUUCCAGGACAGUUUGACUGGUCCCGCACACACAUGGUAUAUGAAUUUGAAGGGCAUCACAACCUUUGAGGAAUUGGCCAAUGCUUUCAUCCAACAGUACAAGUAUAACUCUUAUCUGGCACCUAACCGGAAAGAACUGCAAUCUAUGACUCAGGGUGAUAAGGAAUCUUUCAAGGAAUACGCUCAGCGCUUCAUUCAAAAGUCUGCUCAGAUCCGUCCGCCUCUAGAUGAAAGAGAAGUGUCUGAUCUAUUCUAUGAGACUCUGAGCCCUUUCUACUCAGAGAAGAUGCUUGGUUGUGCUUCACAAAAGUUUACUGAUAUGGUAGAUAUGGGUGUGCGCAUUGAAGAUUGGGUCCGUAAGGGACGUGUGAGUAAAGAUGGUGCUUCUUCAGGUGGUUCAUCUAAUGGUAAUAGGAAGUUCGGAAAUGGGUACUCAAAGAAGAACGCUCAAGAGGUUGGCAUGGUGGCCCAUGGCGGAUCCCAGCCUAUAUACCCUAGCUACCCCUAUGUUGCUAACAUUCCAUCACCUACCCCAACUCCACAAAAUCCAAACUAUCAACUACAAAGGCCUCAAACACCCCAUCCAUAUUAUCCACCACUAUAUCAACCACAACCUUAUCAACCCCAACCGUUUUAUCAACAACCAUACUAUCCCCCACCACCUCAACAACAACAGCCUCGCCCUCGAGCUCAACAACAACAGCCUCGCCCUCAAAGAAACCAAUUUCCCCCUAUCCCCAUGACGUAUGAAGCCUUGUUACCUUCCUUGCUUGCCAGAGGUCUUGUUCAGACCCGACCACCUCCUCGUGUGCAGAACCCUUUACCCCCUUGGUUUCGUGCUGAUCGAAAUUGUGCCUUCCAUCAAGGGGCACCAGGACACGAUAUUGAACACUGUUAUCCCCUUAAAGAGGCAGUUCAAAAGUUGAUUCACAGCAAAGAUUUAUCAUUCACUGACCCGAACCCUACUGCUCCAGACCAUCCUCUGCCACCCCAUGGGCCUACUGUUAACAUGGUUGAAGAUUAUCAAGAAAGGGCUCUUGUCACUCGCUCUCAGGAUAUCAAAACUCCGUUGGUUCCAUUACAUGUGAAGAUGUGUGAGGCAGCUAUGUUUAGCCACAAUCAUAAUAUUUGUGAAGUAUGUUCUGUGGAUCCCCGCGGUUGCGCGCAGGUUCAAGAUGAUGUGCAAGGGCUAAUGGAUCGGGGAGAGCUGGUAGUCACGAGGGAAGACAAGAGUGUAUGUGUUGUAAUCCCUGUGUUCAAGGAUAGUGCGAAACCAAUUGAUGGUGUUACUCCAGUGUUCAAGGACAAUUCCAAGCCAGCUGUCACUCCUCUUGUGAUUUGUGUGCCGAGACCCGAGCCGUUUUUCUCUCCAAACGCCAUGCCGUAUAACUAUGAACCUACAAGCAUAGAGAAUGGUAAAGAGAUAUCCUGGAGUCCUUCAACUUCCGUGAGUAACAUUGCGGAGAGUAGUCAAAUUCUGAGAAGUGGACGUAUCCUUCCGGUUGUUGUGCAAGCAAAGAAGAAAGCUCCGGUGAUAGAGUCAGUGCCAAUACAAGAUCCUAGCAAGGGUAAGAGUGUGGUUCAACCUGGUGAAACUGAUAAUGAUGAGAUUUUGAAGCUGAUCAAGAAAAGUGAUUAUAAGAUAGUGGAUCAGUUAUUGCAGACUCCAUCAAAGAUUUCUAUCAUGUCACUAUUGACAAGCUCUGAUGCUCAUAGGGAUGCAUUGAUGAAAGUGUUGAAUCAAGCCUACGUAGACCAUGAUGUGACUUUGGGUCAAUUUGGGAGCAUUGUUGGAAAUGUGACGGCAUGCAACAAUCUGAGUUUCAGUGAUGAAGACCUCCCAGUGGAGGGGAAGAACCAUAAUAUGGCCUUGCAUAUCUCUGUUAUGUGCAAAACAGAUUCUUUGUCCAAUGUCUUGAUAGACACCGGUUCUUCUCUCAAUGUGAUGGCGAAGACGACCUUUGAUAGAUUGACAUAUUCAGAUGGAUUUAUUAGGCCUAGUUGCGUAUCAGUAAGGGCGUUUGAUGGAUCCAGGAAGUCGGUAUGGGGAGAAGUAGAUUUACCUAUCACUGUUGGGCCCCAAGAGUUUAAAGUUACAUUCCAGAUAAUGGAUAUUCAAGCUUCCUAUAGCUGUUUACUUGGUAGACCAUGGAUUCAUGAAGCCGGGGCAGUAACAUCCACCCUUCAUCAAAAGUUAAAGUUUGUGAGUCGUGGAAAACUUGUUACAGUAAGUGGCGAAUCAGCUCUUUUGGUUAGCCAUUUGUCGUCUUUUUCCUUCAUUGGUGGUGAAAGUUCGGAUGGAACGUCAUUCCAAGGACUUUCGGUCGAAAGCGGUACUACAAGAGGUGAAACAUGCAUGGCCUCUCUAAAGGAUGCUCAGAGAGUAAUUCAAGAAGGAAAAGCAGAAGGUUGGGGGAAGUUAGUACAGUUGCCUGAGAACAAGCGCAAAGAAGGUCUGGGUUUCUCCGGCAAUAAGCAAGUGAUGUUCGACCCAACUAGAGGUACUUUUCACAGUGCUGGAUUCAUUAAUGCACCACCUGAGACUAAUGCAAUCUUGGAAGAUCAAUCAGAAGAAGUGGCCCCUGAUUUUGUAACUCCGGGUGGAAACUGCUGCAAUUGGAUUGCUGUUGACAUCCCUUCUGCGAUACCUCUUUCUAAACUGAACAUACAUGAGCCCGUUGAACAUGAUGACCCUAUGUUACCUCCCAACUUUGAGUUCCCAGUUUACGAGGCUUGGGUAGAAGAGGAUGAAGAGAUUCCCGAUGAACUCCGAUGGAUGUUAGAGCAAGAAAGAAAAGCUAUUCAGCCUUACAAGGAAGAAAUAGAGUUGAUCAACCUGGGCACUGAGGAUGAUAAAAAAGAAAUUAAGAUUGGAGCGUCGUUGGAGGCGUCUGUCAAGAAAAAGAUAAUUGAGCUUCUCAGAGAGUAUGAUGAUAUAUUUGCAUGGUCCUACAAAGACAUGCCGGGGUUAGACCAUGAUGUUGUGGAACACCGUUUGCCUUUGAAGCCCGAGUGUCCUCCAGUCAAGCAGAAGUUAAGAAGAUCUCAUCCAGAUAUGGCUCUCAAGAUCAAAGAGGAAGUGCGAAAGCAAAUUGAUGCAGGUUUCUUGAUUACCUCUGAAUAUCCUCAAUGGUUGGCCAACAUAGUGCCCGUUCCAAAGAAAGAUGGUAAGGUCAGAAUGUGUGUUGACUAUCGGGAUUUGAACAAAGCUAGUCCGAAGGAUGAUUUCCCUUUACCUCACAUUGAUGUAUUGGUUGAUAGUACUGCUAGAUGCAAGGUAUUCUCCUUCAUGGAUGGAUUCUCCGGGUAUAACCAGAUCAAGAUGGCUCCAGAAGAUAGAGAAAAGACGUCGUUCAUCACGCCUUGGGGCGCGUUCUGCUACUUGGUAAUGCCAUUUGGGUUGAUAAAUGCUGGUGCCACUUACCAGAGAGGCAUGACUAAAAUAUUCCAUGAUAUGAUACAUAAAGAGAUUGAAGUGUAUGUGGAUGACAUGAUUGUCAAAUCAGGCACUGAAGAAGAACAUGUUGACCAGAAGGGUAUUGAAGUGGAUCCCGACAAAGUCAAAGCUAUCAGGGAAAUGCCUGCUCCAAAGACAGAGAAACAAGUUAGAGGUUUUCUAGGAAGACUGAACUACAUCUCCAGAUUCAUCUCUCAUAUGACUGCUACAUGUGGGCCGAUAUUCAAAUUACUCCGUAAAGAUCAAGGGAUUGUUUGGACGGAAGAUUGCCAGAAAGCUUUUGACAGCAUCAAAGGGUAUUUGUUAGAACCUCCGAUUCUUGUCCCUCCGGUCGAAGGGAGGCCUUUGAUCAUGUAUUUGACUGUGUUAGAAGAUUCUAUGGGCUGUGUGUUGGGUCAACAAGACGAGACUGGAAAGAAAGAGCACGCCAUUUACUACUUGAGUAAGAAGUUUACUGAUUGUGAGUCCCGAUAUUCUAUGCUUGAGAAAACCUGUUGCGCUUUGGCAUGGGCUGCUAAGCGUCUUCGUCACUAUAUGGUUAAUCACACUACUUGGUUGAUAUCCAAAAUGGAUCCGAUCAAGUACAUUUUUGAGAAGCCGGCUUUAACAGGAAGAAUUGCUCGUUGGCAGAUGUUAUUGUCCGAGUAUGAUAUUGUCUACCGCACUCAGAAAGCCAUCAAAGGUAGUAUUCUGGCUGACCAUUUAGCUCAUCAACCAAUUGAAGAUUAUCAGCCUAUCAAGUUUGAUUUUCCAGAUGAAGAGAUCAUGUAUUUAAAGAUGAAAGAUUGUGACGAACCGUUGUUUGGUGAAGGUCCUGAUCCAGACUCCAAGUGGGGUUUGAUAUUUGAUGGGGCGGUUAAUGUCUAUGGUAAUGGAAUAGGGGCAGUUAUCCUUACUCCAAAGGGUACUCACAUUCCUUUCACUGCAAGACUCCGGUUUGAUUGUACGAACAACAUUGCAGAAUAUGAAAUCAAAGGAAAAUGGGAGACUCAUCAUGAUGGUUUGGUACCGUACAGAGACUAUGCAAGACGUCUUUUGACUUUCUUCAACAAGGUGGAACUGCACCACAUUCCUCGGGAUGAGAAUCAAAUGGCGGAUGCCCUAGCUACUUUAUCUUCAAUGAUCAAAGUGAAUCAUGGCAACGACGUGCCGCUGAUCAGUGUCAAAUUCCUUGAUAGGCCUGCUUAUGUGUUUGCAGCCGAAGCAGUUUUCGAUGAUAAGCCGUGGUUUCAUGAUAUUAAAGUGUUUCUUCAAACUCAAGAGUACCCUCCUGGGGCAUCCCGUAAAGAUAAGAGAACCUUAAGAAGAUUGUCUGGUAACUUCUUUCUAAGUGGAGAUGUUUUGUACAAAAGGAACUUUGAUUCAGUUUUACUCAGAUGUGUGGACCGACGAGAAGCAGAUUUGUUAAUGCAUGAGAUACAUGAAGGCUCAUUUGGGACUCAUUCUAGUGGAUAUUCAAUGGCUAAGAAAGCAUUGAGAGCAGGCUACUACUGGAUAACGAUGCAUGCGGACUGCUAUCACUAUGCCAAGAAAUGUCACAAGUGCCAGAUUUAUGCGGAUAAGAUUCAUGUGCCGCCGUCUAUGCUCAAUAUUAUCUCAUCUCCAUGGCCGUUCUCUAUGUGGGGCAUUGAUAUGAUUGGUCGGAUCGAACCAAAAGCUUCCAAUGGACAUCGUUUCAUACUAGUGGCCAUUGACUACUUCACCAAGUGGGUUGAAGCGGCUUCUUAUGCCAAUGUAACCAAGCAGGUGGUGGUCCGGUUUAUCAAGAACAAUAUCAUAUGUCGCUAUGGUGUCCCUAACAAGAUUAUCACGGAUAAUGGGGCAACCCCUUUUUCCUUGGUGUAUGGUACGGAAGCGAUACUUCCUGUAGAAGUUGAAAUCCCGUCUUUGAGAGUCUUGAUGGAAGCUGAGUUGUCAGAGGCUGAAUGGUGUCAGAAUAGGUACGAUCAGUUGAAUUUGAUUGAGGAGAAGCGCAUGGCUGCUUUGUGUCACGGACAACUAUAUCAGACCAGGAUGAAACAAGCAUUUGAUAAGAAGGUUCGUCCCCGUGAAUUUAAAGAAGGAGACCUGGUGGUCAAGAGUAUCAAGUCUUUUCAACCAGACCCCAGGGGCAAGUGGACACCUAAUUAUGAAGGUCCCUAUGUAGUGAAGAGAGCUUUCUCUGGUGGUGCUUUAAUUCUUACAACCAUGGAUGGAGAGGAUUUACCUCGUCCUGUUCGUGGGAUAUUCGGAAAAGAGAAAGAGUCUUCCGACGCGGGCAUAGCAAGCAGCAGAUCAAACUUUUUCUCGUUUAAAUCCGCUCUUUCUCCGAUCCAAUCAGAGAUCUAG